CAUCUUCUUCUCUUCAGAGUCAUCUCUCAUCUGUGACUUUGAUAAGUUUUAUUCAAUAUUUCUUUCAGUCACUACCUCGAUCAUGGCGUUUUCUCAGGUUAUCACAGCUCUUCUUUUUGCCUUAGCUUUUGCAAGAAUUGAGCUUUCUGCAUGCCAAAUGGUAAAGGGCAAAGUCUCUUGCACUGACUGCACUGACAACUAUGACUUCUCUGGGAUCAAGGUCUCAGUGAAGUGUGAAGGGGUGCAAAACAAGGCUCUGACAACAACUACAGAAGAAGAUGGUUCCUUCAAGGUUCACCUUCCUUCACACUAUGCAAAAUCUCCUUCUAUGAAAUGCCUUGCAAAGCUUCUUGGAGGGCCAGAUCUCCUUUAUGCUUCAAGGAAAAACAGGGUCUCCCUAAUUGUGAAGGCCAAAGAGGAAAAUAUCUACACCAUCUCCACUCCUCUUAGUUUCUUCACAUAUUGCCCCCAAAACAGUGAAUGCAAAGCUGCCAACGAGUUUGGUUCAUCAAAAACUUUUGAUUUUCCUAUGCCUCCAGCAUGGGGUUUGGCACCUAGUAGCUAUUAUUUCCCACUUCCUUUCUUCCCCAUCAUUGGAAUACCUUGAUCAUGUAGUGAUAUGUAAUUGCUGGGAAGAAAAUAGAUGUGCUCUUUAAGUUUUGGCAACUAGUACUAGCUUUAAGGUCUUGCUCUUUAUGUGUUUAUAGAUGCAUGUGCCAAGUGUGUACAAUGGAAGAAUGGCAUAUGAUCUCUAUGUAUGUUGUAGUCUUGGAGUUUUAUGAUAUUGCUAUAAAAGCAUUAUUCUAAUAUAUAAUGUCUUCAACUC